CGCCGCCGCCGCCGCCGCCGCCGCCGCUAGUGGGGGAAGAUGGCGGAAGGCGGAGCGGUGGAUCUGGACAUCCAGCGUUCUGACAUCGCGACGCUGCUCAAAAUCUCGCUCCGGAAGGGGGACACCUGGUACCUAGUUGAUAGUCGCUGGUUCAAACAGUGGAAAAAAUAUGUUGGCUUUGACAGUUGGGACAAAUACCAGAUGGGAGAUCAAAAUGUAUAUCCUGGACCUAUUGAUAACUCUGGACUUCUCAAAGAUGGUGAUGCCCAGUCACUCAAAGAGCAUCUUAUCGAUGAAUUGGAUUACAUAUUAUUGCCAACGGAGGGCUGGAAUAAACUUGUCAGCUGGUACACGUUGAUGGAAGGGCAAGAACCAAUAGCACGGAAGGUGGUUGAACAGGGUAUGUUUGUAAAGCACUGCAAAGUAGAAGUAUAUCUCACAGAACUGAAGCUUUGUGAAAAUGGCAACAUGAAUAAUGUUGUAACUAGAAGAUUUAGCAAAGCUGACACAAUAGAUACAAUUGAAAAGGAAAUCAGAAAAAUCUUCAAUAUUCCAGAUGAGAAGGAGACAAGAUUGUGGAACAAAUACAUGAGUAAUACAUUUGAGCCACUGAAUAAGCCAGACAGCACUAUUCAGGAUGCUGGUUUAUACCAAGGACAGGUGUUAGUGAUAGAACAGAAAAAUGAAGAUGGAACAUGGCCAAGGGGUCCUUCUGCUCCUAAGUCCCCAGGUGCAUCCAAUUUUUCAACUUUACCAAAGAUAUCUCCUUCAUCUCUAUCAAAUAAUUAUAACAACAUCAACAACAGAAAUGUGAAAAACUCAAAUUAUUGUCUUCCAUCAUAUACUGCUUAUAAGAACUAUGAUUAUUCAGAACCUGGAAGAAAUAAUGAGCAGCCAGGCCUCUGUGGCCUGAGUAACUUGGGAAACACCUGCUUCAUGAACUCAGCUAUUCAGUGUUUGAGCAACACACCUCCACUUACUGAAUAUUUCCUCAAUGAUAAGUAUCAAGAAGAACUGAAUUUUGACAAUCCCUUAGGAAUGAGAGGUGAAAUAGCUAAGUCUUAUGCUGAAUUGAUCAAACAAAUGUGGUCUGGAAAAUUUAGCUACGUCACACCAAGAGCCUUUAAGACACAAGUAGGACGUUUUGCACCGCAGUUCUCUGGAUACCAGCAGCAAGACUGUCAAGAAUUACUAGCUUUCCUGUUGGAUGGUCUACAUGAGGAUUUGAAUAGAAUUAGGAAAAAACCAUACAUACAACUAAAAGACGCCGAUGGGAGGCCAGAUAAGGUGGUUGCUGAAGAAGCCUGGGAAAAUCAUUUAAAAAGAAAUGAUUCUAUCAUAGUCGACAUAUUUCAUGGCCUUUUCAAGUCAACUUUAGUAUGUCCUGAAUGUGCAAAGAUUUCAGUCACAUUUGACCCUUUUUGUUACUUGACACUUCCUUUGCCCAUGAAAAAAGAGCGUACCUUAGAAGUUUACUUAGUUAGAAUGGAUCCACUUACCAAACCUAUGCAGUACAAAGUGGUUGUCCCCAAAAUUGGAAACAUACAAGAUCUUUGUACGGCACUCUGUACUUUGUCAGGCGUACCUGCAGAUAAGAUGAUAGUCACUGAUAUAUACAAUCAUAGAUUUCACAGAAUAUUUGCCAUGGAUGAAAACCUUAGUAGUAUUAUGGAGCGAGAUGAUAUUUAUGUGUUUGAGAUUAACAUCAAUAGGACAGAAGAUACAGAGCAUGUGAUUAUUCCUGUUUGCCUAAGAGAAAAAUUUAGACAUUCAAGUUACACACACCAUACUGGUUCCUCACUUUUUGGUCAGCCUUUUCUUAUAGCAGUACCACGAAACAAUACUGAAGAUAAACUCUAUAAUCUUCUACUUUUGAGAAUGUGCCGGUAUGUCAAAAUAUCCACUGAAACUGAAGAAACUGAAGGAUCCCUACAUUGCUGUAAGGACCAAAAUAUUAAUGGGAAUGGCCCCAAUGGCAUCCAUGAAGAAGGCUCACCAAGUGAAAUGGAAACAGAUGAGCCAGAUGAUGAGUCCAGCCAAGAUCAAGAACUUCCCUCUGAGAAUGAAAACAGUCAGUCUGAAGAUUCAGUUGGAGGAGAUAAUGAUUCUGAAAAUGGAUUAUGUACUGAGGAAACUUGCAAAGGUCAACUCACGGGACACAAAAAGAGAUUGUUUACAUUCCAGUUCAACAAUUUAGGCAAUACUGAUACCAACUACAUCAAAGAUGACACCCGGCAUAUAAGAUUUGAUGACAGGCAGCUUAGGCUAGAUGAAAGAUCUUUUCUUGCUUUGGAUUGGGAUCCUGAUUUGAAAAAAAGAUACUUUGAUGAAAAUGCUGCUGAGGACUUUGAGAAACAUGAAAGUGUGGAAUAUAAACCUCCCAAAAAACCUUUUGUGAAAUUGAAAGAUUGCAUUGAGCUUUUUACAACAAAGGAAAAGCUAGGUGCUGAGGAUCCUUGGUAUUGUCCAAAUUGUAAAGAACAUCAACAAGCCACAAAGAAGUUAGAUUUAUGGUCACUGCCUCCAGUACUUGUGGUACAUCUCAAACGAUUUUCUUACAGUCGAUACAUGAGAGAUAAAUUGGAUACCUUAGUUGACUUUCCUAUAAGUGACUUGGAUAUGUCAGAAUUCCUAAUUAAUCCAAACGCGGGUCCUUGCCGCUAUAAUCUGAUCGCCGUUUCCAACCACUAUGGAGGGAUGGGAGGAGGACAUUAUACUGCUUUUGCAAAAAAUAAAGAUGAUGGGAAAUGGUACUACUUUGAUGACAGUAGUGUCUCGACAGCAUCUGAAGAUCAGAUUGUGUCCAAAGCUGCGUACGUGCUCUUCUACCAGAGGCAAGACACUUUCAGUGGAACUGGCUUUUUCCCUCUUGACCGAGAAACUAAAGGUGCUUCCGCUGCCACGGGCAUCCCGUUAGAAAGUGACGAAGAUAGCAAUGAUAAUGACAAUGACAUAGAAAACGAAAACUGUAUGCACACUAACUAACGAGAGUCCCAGAAGCCAUAAAGGAGAGACUUUCCUGCUGGUGGUGUCUAUGGAGAUGAUGGAGUCACCCACCACAUUAAACACGAGUCUGAGAUGGGAAGUUUCAGAUAACCGAAUGUAAAUCCUUUAUCAGAUUUUAACUUGUGCAGUACUUGAAGUGAAACACAAUGAAAACUUUAACAGAAAUUGUCUCUUAAUACAUUUACAGUCUUGUAUUUACAAGCUAAAUAUAUAUAGGAAAUCACAAAUAAAUCCCUUUUAAGUUUGCUGCUGUUUUGAUGAAUUAUGUUUUCUUUAAUUUUUUGGAUGUGAGUUAACUGAUGACAAAUGUUAAAUUUGUGGAUGUUGGUCAUUUAUUUUGCUCUAAUAUACUGCAAGAAAAUUAUGGCUGAACUUAGUUUUUGGAUAAUCUAGAUCAUGUGCAUUAGGCUGCUACAUAUACUAUUAUGAUAUUUAGCUGCGGUAUCAAUGUGGCAUAAAUACUGCAGUAGUAUCCUUGGAAAACCAAAUUUUCAAGUCUAUCCCUGGCAAUCAAUGUAGACCUAUUUUUAAAAAAUGAAUCAUGUUACAUGGAAGUCUUGAAAAAGUUAUUUCCUUUCAUAGUAUUAAAACUAGAAUAUUAUGUUCAUCUAACUGCUAUUGUAGAAAACAGGUUCUAGAUUUCACCCUUCAUCUAAAGUCAUUUUUGUUAUAUGUAAGGUUUUUUUUUUGAUGUUGAUGUUCUUUUUGUUGCAUUUAGAAUCUGUUCCUCCGCCAUUUAAAUUUUCUUUUACUUACAUUAAAAUUCAUUUGUUUUAAUUUGGUGUUGGUCCAAAUUCAAAAUUUUUGCUGUCUGUUUUUCUCUACCCCAUUUUUUUGUAAUUUGGCAACUUCUAACCUAUGAAUUAUUGUAACAUAAGGAAAGAUUUAAUUGUACUCUGUAUCAGUAGUAAUGAUUACAUCAUGCUUUGAGGUUUUUUUCAUAUACUGGCCUUUAAAUAAUUAAUGGACAAUUGGCUUUAAAGGUAGGUCUGUUAACUCUCUUUGUGUGUUCCUGAUGGAAUUCACCAUAGCCUUACAGCUUUUCUCAGAAGGUGACUUGUUAGAAGAGAAGUGGCAUCUGCGUGUUCCAGAAUCUGAACCUGGACAGUAUAUAAAGCAUAAAAACCUGGAAUUUGAUUUUAGUUCACCACGUUCAAGGAUUCAGGAUGCCAAAAAUAUGUGUGAACAUUUGAAACAUUUUUCAUUUGCUGCUUUUUUCCCUUUGAUCUAGUUAAAAGAAUGUAUUGUCAAUUGGCAUACAGUACUGCCUUUAAUAGAAAAUAUAAAUACUGGGACACAUUUCACAUAUUGACUACCUGAGAAAUUGUUUUGUGUCCCACUGUUAUUAAAGCAAAAAGUAUAAUGUUCUUCACUUGAACUAAUCAAAUACAAUAGAUUAUAAAUUGUGUAUUGUAAAUAAAAGUUCACUCUGUGAGUGCACAUUUUGGUAAAUAUUUAUUUAUGUUAGCAUUUAAAAGUUUAAAAAAUAUGCAUUUGACCAGGAUAAAUGAGGUAUGUUGAUCAUGGCUUUGCUUUAUACCUUGAUAUUAAAGCUGGUUUUUCAUCCUGGUAUUUUAAAAGCUGCUUUGAGUUUUUUUUUUUCCUUUCUUUCUUUUCUCUCUCUUUUUUUUUAAAUGUAAACUAACCUCCUGCAUGACAGAGGUUAAAAUUUUGUCUGCACUUGAGUUCACUUGAGUUUACAUUUGAAAUGUGCAUGUUUAUUUAUACAGAUUUCAAUAAAGCUAUUCAAGGCCUUAUUUAGUCUUUUAUUUCUUUGGAUCUUUUGAUAAAAAUCCCCUAUUUUAUGGGUAGUUGACUAUAUGCUAGACUUUUUUAUUAUCAUACAGUUAUAAAUAGAGAGGAAAACAUAUCAAAGUAAAUUCUAUUACUACUACUAGCAUGUUUAAAAUUUUUUUUAAUUUAUUCAUUUCUUAAAUAUUUGUAUAUGCCUACUAGUCACGUUCUGGAGUCCGGAGAUAUCACAAUAGACAGUAUCUCUGCAUUCAGAGCUUACAAUCUUUAUGCUGUCUGCCAACUUUAAUAGACAAUAUUUCCAUUUUUGAGGUUUAGAGAAAAGCAAAAUUUUCUAGCCCUAAACUGUAGUCUCAAUUUUAAUUGUCCAUAGAGAGACCGUUUCUUUUAAUACCAGUGGAUAACUGAAAUUCCCAUUUUUACUGUUUUUAUCUUGACGUCAUUAAAUCUGGGAAUUUGGUUGCUUUCAGUUAUAAGAAAUAAAUGGUAAGAAUAGAACAAUAUGGGCUAAGGAUAUGGCUCUGUGGUAGAUCACACCUUUCACAUAUGAGCCACCGAAUUUCGUCCCUGGCACCGUCAAAAGAAAUAGUGCAGAAAUGGCUAACACCCUGCUGUAAUUAAGGGUAGAUUCUCAUAGAUGCUCUAAGAUAAUAAGAAACGUCCAGUCUAGAUUUUCACCUCUAGCUUUGCUAAUUAGUAAUUAUAUGACUUUGGUCUACACCCUGCUAGCCUGUUAACCUGUACAAGAACGAUAAUAGCAUUUAUUGGAUACUUAUUGGGCCACGUAUUGUAUUAAUGUGUUGUCUGUUUUGUUUCACAGUAAUUAUAAAGAAAGAUUAGUCAUGAUCCCCAUUUUUAUGUGAAGAAACCAAGAUUUAAGGAAGUUAGUAUUCCCAAGUUCACACAUGUGUUUACAUGUGUAAAGCCAAUAUUUUAUCCUCAGAUAUUUGUACUGUUUCCCACUGUGGCUUAGUGGCUACUUCCCGAAACUUGAUAGCUCGAAUGGGAUCAUAUGUUUUAUGGAAAGGUGUUUUGUAAUCUGUGGUAUACUCAUUACUGAUUUCUUCAUCCUAAAUAAAAUGUGAUUUUGAAGACUAAUAACUUCCAAGAGUAUCUUUAGCUCAUUAUUUGAGCACAGAAUAGGAAAGAUACCAACUGUAACUAACUUUCUUUCCCUUUUAAAUUUACUUCAUUUACCUUGUAUAUAUUUUUGUUUGUUGUUUGGGGGUCACAUCUUACUGUGCUCAGGGCUUACUCCUGGCCCUGUGCUCAGGGAGCACUCCUAGUGAGGGGACUUCUUUUUUUUCUUUCUUUUUUGCUUUUUUGGGUCACCCGGCGAUGCACAGGGGUUACUCCUGGCUCUGCACUCAGGAAUUACUCCUAGCAGUGCUCAGGGGACCCUAUGCCGAGUGCAAGGCAAAUGCCCUACCCGAUGUGCUAUUGUUCCAGCCCUAGUGAGGGGACCUUAAGGGAGUCCCAACUGGGGGGGUCAAACCCAAGUCUGCUGCGUGCAAGGUGGCACCCCACCCGCUGUACAGCUCCAGCUCCACAUUGUCUACAUUUAUUAAACUUCAAUUUUUAAUGCAGUAUGGCAUUCUUUUUUCUUGUUUGUCAAAUAUAUUGUGCCUUGCUUACAUUGACUCAAAUGUAACCCUUAAUUUCAGGGCUUUUUUUUUCCCCUCCAAUUAUAGUUUUAAUCUUUAUGAAAAAUGCUGCAGCCUGAUGCUUUCUUUUGAUAUUAUGUUGCUUUCUAUUACAAUCCAUGUUCUUUUACUCUGUACUUACCAGGCAAAGAAAUAUAAGUAGAGCCAUUGAUAAAAGAGCAUAGGAACAGUGCUGUGUCAUCAUUAAAGUAUGUUGAAGUGAGGACAUCUUAUUAGAAAUAGAGUAGUAAACUACCUUACAGUGACGUACCAAAAGAGUGAGGGGUGAGUGUCCCACAGCCUUCCCCUCAGAGAGCUGAUCUGACACUGUCACUGGGACAUGGUGAGAAUAAAGGACAAACCAUUUGCAGUCUGUUUAUUAUUUUUAGGUUUUUGUAGACAGUGCGUUUCCCUACUGCCUGCCUGCUACCCUCCUUAUAUGGUAGACUCUUGGUCUGGUAUACAUUGCCGAAUGAGCAGCUAUUCUUGAGUUUAGUUUUUAAGGUAAAAAGGUGAAAGAUUAUUUUAUAUUAAGUGAAGGAAAAAUAGAUCUCUAUAAUUUCGGUGAAAAGGAAAGGAAAUAAGUUUCAUUUAUGGAGCCAAAGAAUAGUGCGAAUCUUAGUUCAUAUUUUUUACUCUAUGAUAAAAUUGAGAAUCUUACUCUUGGAAGAAUUAAAUCAGAAUUCAGUUCUUCUAGAGAAUUUGGAAAAGCUUCUAGAAAAUAUCUUGAUAAUUCCCAAAUUGUUUAAGUGCCACUUAACCAGAGGAUAGAGAAAAGUAAUGUAUUUAUGUACUUUCCAAUGUUUCUUAUAUAUCUACUUUUAAAAUUAUUAGGAUUUCUGAGGGAAAAAAAUUUUCCUAAAGCAUUAUAUCUAUUUUUGUUUGUUUAAUUUAUAUUUCAUGUAAAUGAGGCAAAAAAGUUUCAGAAUAGCUCAGAAAGAGAAAUCUUUAUUUAAAAGUGGGUUAAGUUUAUUUAGAAUUAUAUAAUCAACGUAGGUUCUGAUAAAAAUCCAGAAUUGGAGAGAUUGAAAAAUGUACAUGGUAAAGUUUUAGGUAUUGCUCAAGUCUUAUUUGCUCUAACAAUGGGGUAAAGAAUUAUGUAAUGGAUAACUAAACAGACAGUACAAAAAUUACUUUUGGCAAAUGUAUUUAUUGCUAAUAUAUAUGUACAUUAUUCACCCUAUAUCAUACCAUGGUGUAAUUAUAUGUCCCAAUCCUCCCUUCUGGAGCUUGAAGCUUGCCAGGGUAAUGAAAGGGAAUGACUCUUCAGUUAUUAAGGGGCUUCAGAAAGUGGAUAAACCUUUCACGGAAAAUAAACAGUUGACCGACUGCAGUCUCAAUACAAGAUGAUAAAAUGGAUUUUUUUUUCCUAGAAAUGUCUAUCAAAUGUCAUUAUACAAAGCAGAUAACACUUGUCACUUUGGGAAUUGUUCUUUUAAUGGAAGUGCUGUAACAAGAUUGCGCAUUUUCAGUAUGCACAAAACUUAAACGUUCGAGUUGUUUUGGUAAAAAUGUGCUGUUGUAGAAAGUCCUGAUUGAAGUUGGUGCUCAUUUUACUAAACGUUCUCAUCAGGAAUUUGUAGCUUGUUCUAUAUAGUUUGGGGAAACAAAAGAAAUGUUUCUACUUGCUGUAAUCUUCCAGUCCAUUGCUAGUUGGAGUCAACUCUACAUAUAUGAAAUUUAAAAAAUAAAUAUGAAAACAUCCCA